AAAAAAUAUCAUGUGAAACAAAAAAAUAAAUUCUCUUAUUAUUAUUGUUUUUCUUUUCAAGUGUUCGAUUUGGUGAGAUAUGCAGUUUCACAUAUUCCUAAAGGCAAAGCUAUUAUCAAUGUUGGUUUAAUACAAGCUUAUGAUCCAUCAGCAGAAAUUUUAGAUUAUAUUACAACAAAAGCUGCUAUAAUUGGUUUUACUAAAGGUUUAGCACGUCAACUUUUAGAAAAAGUGUUGAAGAAUUUUUUCAUGAAGCCUGGACCUGUUUGGACUCCAUUAGUCGUUGCAUCAUUUCCAAAAGAUAAAAAUGCUAAAUUUGGUGAAGGUUAUCCAAUAAAACGACCAGCACAACCACGUGAAUUAGCACCAGCAUUUGUUUUCCUAGCAUCACCUGUUGAUUCAUCUUAUAUAUCUGGUGAAGUUCUCGCUGUUAAUGGUUAUAACUAUGUCUUGAAUACAUAA